AUGAACAGAGCAGACUACAUCGUCAAGGUAGAAACCUUUCUUUCACAAAAUAACUUUCAGGAGCUCAAUAAUAACCCGUUGAAUACCUUCAUUAAAAAAGCCAAAGAACAUCUACGUAUUUGUGAAGAAUUCCUCACAGAACACAACAAACUGCACAUUUUACCCAGUAAUCCAGCAAUACCCAGGCUGUACGGAUUGCCAAAGAUUCACAAAUUGGAUAUUCCAAUAAGACCAGUGGUGUCAUUUUGCAAUACCCCAGUACAUGAUCUCUCCACUUUUUUGAACUCCUUUAUAAAAUCAAUCACCGAUUACAAGCCUAAAUAUUCAGUACUCAAUUCCAUGGACUUGACACAUAAAUUACGGGACCUCGAGAUGAAGGAUACCUAUAUCAUGUUAUCAUUUGAUGUUUGCAACCUCUUCACGUCAGUACCUAGAGGGGAAUGCAUUCCCCUAGUUUCUGAGUUGCUCCGUGAGCAUGACGUUCCUGACUCCAAGCUCGCCGACAUCCUUACUCUGUUGAAGCUCGCGUUAUCCCAGGAUUUCUUCGUUUUCAACAAUGUUGUGUGCAGACAAAUUGAUGGAUUGGCCAUGGGUUCCCCUCUGUCUUCCUUCCUGGCUGACCGUUUUCUCGAGAAGCUUGAGGCCUACAUAACGAUAAGGUGGAGAAUAAUAGUGCGCUGGUACAGAUACGUGGAUGAUAUAUUCGUCAUCCUAGACGGCGUUCCUGAUGAUGCCCACGCUUUGUUGGACUUCAUCAAUACAUUGCACCCGAGGAUAAAAUUCACUCUCGAGUUGGAAGUCAACAGAUCCAUAAACUUUCUCGAUCUCACUAUCUCCAGAUCCGAAGAGAGCUCCUUGACUUUCGAGAUAUAUAGAAAAAAGACACAAACGGAUCACAUAAUACCAGCACAAUCGUGCCACCCCAGAAGCCAUAAGAUGGCAGCCUUGCGUUGCUACGUUCAUAGAGCCCUCAACUUCCCUUUAUCCCAAGCUAACAGAGAGAAAGAACUCAAUAUAAUUAAACAAAUCGCAUUGAACAAUGGUUAUGACCCAGAGGUAGUUGAUAUGAUCAAAAAUAACGUAAUAAAUAAGCAGAGAAGAGCUUUAGCAUACAGUUCAGAUGUUAUGGACAACUUGAAAUACUGCUCUCUACCAUACAUGGGCCACCUGUCAGAGGCAAUUUCUCACGUCCUCGAGCGUUCUGUUGACGGGUAUAAGAUCUCCUAUUCUGGUGUGCGUUCGCUGGGCUCCUUAUUAGUGAACUCAAAGGAUAAUGUCAAGAAACUGGACCGAAGUGGCGUAUAUAAACUUAAGUGUGGUGAUUGUGACACACCGUAUGUGGGCCAGACUAGGAGGAAGCUAUCCACUAGAAUAAAGGAACAUCUGAGUAGACCCCAACUAUUGUAA